AAAUUAUCAAAAAGAAUGUCACAACAAAUACUCAGAGACCAUACUACAACAUGUUUCACAUUAUCUUCCUCUUCUCUUUUCUUUUCUCUUCCUCUCAUGCAGCUGAUUUCUGCGUUGCAAAUCUAAAGCGUGCCGAAACCCCUGCAGGCUUCCAAUGCAUUAGGCCAAUCCAUGUCAAAGCUAGCGACUUUGUGUUUUCAGGCCUAAACAUGGCUGGAAACACUACCAACAUCAUCAAUGCUGCGGUAACUCCCGCCUUUGUUGCUCAAUUUCCGGGCCUUAAUGGGCUUGGUCUGUCGACUGCACGGCUAGACCUAACAGUAGGCGGUGUUAUCCCAAUGCAUACUCAUCCUGCAGCAUCAGAAAUCUUGUAUGUAGUGGAAGGUUCCAUUAAAGCUGGCUUUGUUUCUUCUGCUAAUACUCCUUAUAUUGAGACACUAAAGGAAGGGGAUGUAAUGGUUUUUCCACAAGGGUUAUUGCAUUUUCAAUUGAAUGCUGGUAAAUCAAAAGCAUUAGCUAUUGUCACCUUCAAUAAUCCAGAUCCUGGUCUUCAAAUCCUGGAUUUCGCUUUGUUCGGAAACAAUUUGCCAUCUUCCUUGGUGGAAAUGACUACUUUUCUUGAUGAUGCUCAGGUGAAGAAGCUUAAGGCUGUUCUUGGUGGUACUGGAUAGAGUUAGUCUCUCAAUAUAUAUUUUAUUUUAUUUUAUUCUAUAUUCAUGUAUUAAUUUAACUAUCUAUUUAUCUUUGUUAACUAAUAAUCACGUGUUUGAGUUUGAAGAUUUGGUAUUCAGAUAAAUCAUUUAUGGAGUUUUUCACAAAAAAUUUCUUA